UCUCUCUCUCUCGGCCGAAGCUCGCGCCGUUACCAUCAUGGAGGAUCUGAGAAGCUGACCAUUAUUUCUUUAUUUUUAUUAAUCAUCUAAAGUCCGUUCUUUCUUACUGAACGGUAAUUACAUCUCCAUAACAUCCACAUCACCUUCACAUCAGCAUUACUGACAUCAAUCUGCUGUUAUUAUUUACUACCUCAUCACAUCGGAAACAUGAAGUUCAUCAUCGGAAUCGGAGGGGUGACUAACGGGGGUAAAACCACCCUGACUGACAAACUGCGGAGUGUUCUACCCAACUGCUGCGUGGUUCAUCAGGAUGAUUUCUUUAAGCCCCAGGAUGAGAUCGAGGUUGGUGAUGAUGGAUUUAAGCAGUAUGAUGUGAUUACAGCUCUGGAUAUAAAUGCUAUGAUGAGCACCAUCUACGGGUGGUUGGAGAACCCGGUGAAGUUCGAGCGCUCUCAUGGUGUGAACAACACCUCAGACCCUGAGAUCCUGCCCCACACCGGAGACACUGAGGGGGUACACAUCCUAAUCAUAGAGGGGUUCCUGCUCUACACCUAUCGUCCUCUGAUUGAUGUUUGUGAUCAGCGCUUCUUCAUUUCCAUCCCGUAUGAAGAGUGUAAGAGGAGGAGACGCUCUAGAAACUACGCUACGCCUGACCCCCCCGGUCUGUUUGAUGGUCAUGUUUGGCCCAUGUAUGUCAAGCACAAGAAGAUGAUGGAGGACAUGGGAGUGGAUGUUGUGCAGUUGGAUGGUACUCUGUCGAAGGAGCAGCUGUAUAACGGAGUGUACAGUGACAUCAUCAAUAACAUCCAGUGCCAGCAAAGGUGUGUUGAUAAGCUGUAAGCCGCUGCAGCAGAAGGAGAAAGAUGACGACGGUGAUGAUGAUGAUGAUGAUCAGUAGCAGCAGUGUGUGGGAUCAGAUUAACUCUGUGACGACUGUUACCUGCUUAAGCAGCUUUUAUAUAAAAUAAUAUCCUCCAUAUUUAUUUGCUGUUAUAAUAAAUGUACUGAGAGCUUCUGUUAAACGCUCCGAGUGAAAUGAUCACUCCAUAAUAAACACCCCAGUUCAGCA